AUGACAGAAACACGAAAAAAGUCGUCCGUCUUGGAGAUGGAGAAGCUGACACAGAUUCUGGAAGAAGGUAUACCAGUCCGUCGUAUAAAGAAUAACAAAGUAGAUGGGAUUACUGUGCUGGCAGUGGAAGGUGCAGCUCUGUUAAAGUACAAAGCGUUUAACUCGAUUGUCAAUAGGAUUCGCUUUAAAUGUGCUCCAAAACAGAAAUUGGUGGAUGUGGAUAAUGUGAUUGAAGUGAGGGAAGGUUACAACUCUGAUGGACUUCACGCGGCUUCGAAGCAUUUCAAGUUUCAACAGCGAUGUCCAGUAGGUUUAUAAUUUAAGUUUUAAUGAGGUUUUGUCUUUUACAUUGUGAGAACACUAUUUAAGACACAAAAGUUAUCUACAAAUGAGGUAUGACGUAUAAACUAGCACAACACAGUGAACAAUUAAGCUGAACUGUCUUCAUCCGCAUAUUAUGUUAACUUUUUUUGAUUAAACUAGUAAAAUAAGCCAAAGCUAAUAUUUAUACUGAUAUAUUGUAGGAAUCCAAUUGUUUUUCUAUUAUUUACAAACAUCCAAAGUUUGUAUGCAAAUCCAUAGACUUUGCUUGUGAUCACGGCGAGAGUAGGACGUUGUGGGUUAAUUCAUUCAGAACCUUCUUGGUCAGACGGCCCAGAGAUGCGGUGACGUUUGAUGAGAAGUUAUGGCUAUCACGCAACUUCAAAGAAGCUGAUCUCAACAAAAAUGGUAGGACGUUGUUUUGGAGAUUUAAAUUAGGAAAAAAUGGAGUAUUGUUAAUUAAUUAGACUUAUUAAGUUGUUAAAACAAUUCAGGGUAUUAUAGCUAUGCAAAUUUGCUUUGAAAGUGGGUACAUAAUUAGUUGAACAAUUCGACAGAUAAAUUAUAAUAAAUUUUUCCAGGAGAAAUCGCAUUCAGCGAGCUAUGGAAGCUAUUGAAGCAACUGAACCUGCAAAUGAGCGAACAAUAUGUCAAGGCAUUGUUUAAAGUAAGCAGUUUGAAUUUAAAAAACUUAAACAUGAAUCAUUUGUUUAUAUUUGAAUGAAUUUGCAUUAAUUUUCCAUUCCAGCAAGUACUUGAGACAAAGCAAAAGCACAACAAAGCACUGGACGAAACGGAGUUUUUCGAAUUGUUUCGUAUCUUAACCGACCUGCCAGAGUACCGAAAUGCUUUGAGACAAGCGAAUCCAGAUGGGGAGGAGAGUUUGCACGCCAAACAAUUGGCAGAGUUUCUGAAAACUGAACAAAAUGUAAGUAAUGGGCUUUCGGCAAGCGCGUAUUUUACAAAAAAAAAUUUUUACUGUACUAUAUUUUAAAACUUUUACAGUUUGAUGAUGUUGACGAGUCAAAAGCUCUGGAUAUCAUCAAAAAGUACGAGGUUAUAGAAGAUACGGAAGAAAAGGACAUUAAGCUUACCAUCAAUGGUAAGAAUUUAUAUUAUUUACAUUAUUUAAUGAAUUUUGUUUGAAAAUGACAGUGAUUUGCAUAUAAGUUUUAUUAAAAGAUUAAGGUCUUUACAGGCAAUCAUGAAAAAUUUUAUCUUCAGGAUUCCGUCGCCUACUACAAAGUCGGUAUGGUUUCAUAAUGAAGCCGAACCACGAAACGGUGUUCCAAGACAUGGAUCAGCCUUUGAGUCAUUACUUUGUCAAUUCAAGUCACAAUACCUACUUGACUGGAUUACAGGUCAGAGGAAACGCUACUGUAGAAGGCUACAUAAGUGCUUUGAAAAAUGGAGCUAGACUACUGGAAUGUGAGUAUAUCUUGUGAUACUAUAAGGAUAACAGGGCGAUCAGGGAAAUAGUAAUAAGAGUCUCGGUUACAUUGUUUAUCACUAUAAAUUUUUAUGUUUUUUUAUAUAUAUGUAUGACAAUGGCGUGUUUCAGUGGACAUUUUUGAUGGUGAACAUGGAGAACCUCAAAUUACUCACAAACGAACCCUGAUAGCAGCAAUCAGCUUGAGGAAUGUUGUGAAAUGUAUUGCUCAAUAUGCCUUUGAAUCCAACCCAUACCCGGUUAUAUUAACCUUGGAGAAUCAUGCUGGUCAUGCUCAACAGAAGGUCAUGGCCGACAUCUUUGAAGAGGUACCGUUUUCUACUCUGAUACUAACUUAUAGUAAAACUGACUACAGUAUAGCCAAUAUAUAGUACUUUAUAUAGAAAUUGUGGGAUAAUGAUCUUAUACCUCGUUUAAGGUUUACCUUUAGUUGAUAUAAUAACCUUCUUUUAGUUAGUGCCGUAGUAUCAAAUAACAAACGUAAUAUGUACAACAAAGCUUUACAGAUUCUGGGCGACAAACUGUAUAUACCUCCAGAAGAUGCGGCUACGAAGCCAUUGCCAUCUCCAGAUAAACUCAAAAACAAGAUUUUACUGCGCGGUAAAACCAUCCAAACCCCAGUAUCUACUCCAGAAGACGAAGAAGCAGAAACUCCAGAAGAGCAGAAGCUACCAAGAUCUCCUAUACAUCCAUCUAUUGGAAGGUUGAUAGCGUUACCUUCAGUAAAGUUGACUACAAACAUCUACGCUGAUGUACAGGAUCGUAAGUGCUAAUUUUUAUCUUACAAUUUACAUUUACUAUAUUUAAAAGCGGCAUCUGAAUUUUAAAUACGUUACAAAGCGCUAUAUAUAAGUAAAAGACACUACUUUAUUAUUAUUAAAUCGAUAACAUAUAAAUAUGCCUUCAGACCCCCUAAACGGAUCUCCAUCGUUAUCAGAAAGCAAAGUUCUUACUCUUCUUGAAGCCGGAGCUCCCUUAGGCACUUAUACUGCCAAGAGGUUUGUUAAGUCAUACCCAAAAGGUAUCCGACAAGACUCCUCAAACAUGCAUCCAGUAGCCUCAUGGAUCUGUGGCAUCCAAUCUGUAGCCAUGAAUCUCCAAACUACAGGCGAAGAGAUGGACCUGGUCAGUGGAAUGUUCUCUAUCAAUGGAAAGACGGGUUAUGUAUUGAAGCCGAGCCUUUUACUAGAUGGACUAGAUCCUAGGAUUGAGUGUCAGUCCAGGAGUUACACGGUAAUUAGAGUUGGAGUCAUUUGUGCCCAAUAUCUACCUAAAGCCGAGCCUGGACAUGACAUUGUGGAUCCGUAUGUCAGCCUAGAAGUGUUUGGCAUACCUGGUGACGAAUAUAAGGCAAAGACAAAGGCUAUCAGGAAUAAUGGUAAGGAUUCACGUGAGGUUAUACUACUACGAAGUAGUAUCAAAUAGCAAACUUAAGAUAGUACGACAAAGCUUUUUAGAUAUGUUAUAUUAAAGUACUCUUUUAAGAUUCAAAUUAAAACGUAAGUUGUGAUGUAAACAAUAUUUUAGGCUUUAACCCAGUAUGGAACGAGGAUUUCACAUUUAAAAUCAAGUGCCCCGAAUUGGCAAUGAUCAAGUUUACUGUGAAAGACUUUGACUCGACCAGUAGUAAUGACUUUGUUGGUGUGUAUUCUCUCCCUGUCUCAAGUAUUCGACCUGGUAAGCAAAUCCGUUUGUGUUAUUGCUAUUACAUGACCGUUAUUUUCAAGAUGGCAAAUUCUUAUUACAUAUAUGUCUGUUAUUUUCAAUAUGACAAAUUCAGGCUACUCUCACAUCCGCUUGAACACUGGCUUCGAACAUUCUCCAGACGACGCGGCUUCGAUCUUCGUUAGAAUCGAGUUUGACAAAGAUUGA